GCGUUUCUUAUUUUUUAGCAAUGUCACGGGAGACAAGCAAGUCUCCCGGCAGUGAAACACGAGCAUUUGUACCCGAAGAUGGUAAUGUUGGUAGUGUGGACGGUCAUCGUCUGUCGUUCUCGACACCAAUGACGGCUUCCAUCCCACCGAUUGAAAUCGAGAUAGAAGAAAACGAACGCGAAAAGGAUAAGAAGUGGAGUCGGAAGUCUAUUGAAGAGCAUAAACCAAAGAGGAAAGAGACUGCGACGACAUUCUCAAAUUUCUUACAUCGCUUUACUCGAUCGGAAGAUAAAAAAGAUGAUAAACAAAAAAAUGCCAUAAACGAGGAGGAUCAAUUGGAGCGGCCAGAUAAGCUGCAAGUUCCUGAAGCAGAGGAGAAGUGGUUUGAGAUGAAGACUAUAGAUGGCGGAUAUCGAACUGCUCUCGACACAGGAAACGAAGCAGGCGCUCCUAUCUAUGAAUGGAAGGCGGAUUCGUUAGAAGAAACACUUUUGACAGAAUUCAGGCCAGAGCAUAAGGAGCUGCUCCGAGUGGAGCACAGCGAUCCCGAUCUCGACGAUCUUGAGCGCUCCAUGCUCAAUCUUUUGGAAGAGUUUCGAAGCGGCAAAAUGCGCGCACUCACCGAUGAACAAAUGGAGAGCAUGCGUGCGAUGAAGAAAGAGCACGAAGAUGUUACCAAUCUUCAUCUUGCGCUCUAUAAUCUGGAUAAAACUGAAGGUGCUCCUGAGAAAGUAGCAGAACUUGCAAGGAAAUAUAAAGAUGUUUUCGAAAAGAAACCUGGCGAAAUUGAGCAUUUUUUGUCGAACUGCAACCCGAAGAUAGGAUCUGCUGCUAUGAUGGCUGCUUUAAAAGCUCUAUAUGAUAGCUCUAUCCAAAAAAAUAAUGAGCAGGGUGCUGAUCGGGCCGUAGAAUUCUUGAAGCAUUUGAUUGACAGUGGAAACCUGGUCGCAGAGCAUCUGAAGCUUGUCCCUGACAUCGUAUUUCCAUUUGCGAGAAAUGCCGUCACCUAUUGCUUUAGGAAGAAGAACGAGCCCCAAAUCGGUUUGGAUCUGGCUGUUGCCGCUAUGCGAUUGCUAGUGGAUCCGAACGAAUGUGUAGUCUCAUCUCUUCAUUCUGCUUUGUUUGCCGUUUGCUUGCGAUUGAAUAAUGUGGAAGCUGCAUUACCGUACAUCUACAGAAACGUUACUGCGCUAGUCAACGAGAACCCUGCUACAACGUCAGAUUCCGCCACGGAGCCCGUGAGCCAUGUAAGAAAACAACGAGGAGUAGCCGCUCAAACACCUAUUUAUUUUGAAUCUAAGUAUAUGGUACUAUACCUCUACUAUGGAGCAUUGCUGCUCAUGAGACGAAACGAAUUACGCCGUGCUAUUUCGUUGUUGGAGAGCGCUAUCCUUGUACCUGGUUCUGCUACAAGUGUUGCUCAGUUGGAUGCGUUAAAGAAAUUCCAUCUAGCCAGUUUACUGUACUCUGGUAAAGUGAUAAUGCCCGUCGGACGCUCAUCGGCAUUGACACGUGCGUGGAAAUUAGUCGGAGAUCCAUACACUGCCCUUGCCACGGCUGUGCAGUCCACAGGCGACAAAGCAGGGGCUGUUGAGAAAGUACUAAAUGAACAUCGUAAGAUCUUCAAUGAGGACGGAUCUGUGGGACUUAUCAAUCGGAUUAUCAAGGAACUACGUGAAAAGGCUGUCAUGUCCGUUGCCAAGUCAUUUUCUUCUAUCCCAUUAUCUGAUUUGGCAGCUAGAGCUCAUCUUGACAAUGACAGUGCCGUUGAAAUCAUGGAGACUUUAUUCAAACAAGGCAAACUUCUCGCAGAAAUUUCGAUCAGUGAAGGGAUCGUUCGGCUAGAAGUGGUACCGGAAAAGAUAAGGAACAGUGAUGUCGUGGCCAAAUUUGAGAGAUUGAACGUGUUGCGGCAAGAGAUGGAAAGAAUGGACGCUAUAGCGCAGCUUCAUCCUGCUUUACUUCAAAGAUUAGCAGCCCGUUGGAAUAUUAGGAAUCUUACUUCUGGCGUGUACAUUGUCUUCUUCUGUAGAUUCAGAUUGUCUCAACAGGAGUGAAGUUCGCUCAUUACUCUUGUACUUGUCUUGCUUCAAAUUGAUUCACAGUGUAUACUUUGCUUCAACACCCUUUUUGUGGUGUAUCUCACCUUUAAGUACAUCCGGUCUUUGUUUAUCAGUGAAGUCAUUUUAUAUUGUUGCUUGCUGGAAAACUCGGGUCCCAAAAAAUUGAUACUUUUUCUCUUUGUUCUAGUUGAUAAAGCAUUCGUCUGAAAGAAUUUCGUUAUGGUCCUAAUGGCAGUUCCAUGACAC